AUGAAUGAAAUGAAUGAUGAGAUGUUGGACAGGAUCGUAUUCAGUACAGCAGAAAUAAGAGACAUGACUUCUGGAAAGAGAAAUGACAAAUGUUUCCUUAUGCAUUCGUUAGAAGAGAGUAAAAUUCAUAUGAAAAAGUGUUUCAAGAAUCUUAUAGCUUCGAAAAUUUUCGUUUUUUUCGUUUUUACCUUGAUACAUCUGUUCAUACAAAAUACGUCCAAUUCUGAUGAGAGAAACAUUUAUACAAAGCUGCAAAUGAGCUUUAAAUGUUCAAGAAAAUUAGAAGAGCAAGGAAAAGCUUCUCAUACUAAGAAAGGUGCCGCUAACACAGUGAAAAAGAAGAAGGUGUCUGCGACUUCCUUGAAAAAGGAGAAACGUAUCCUUAAUACAGAAGGAACAAGAGGAAGUGGUCAUGCAAAAGGAGUCAGUGCUAAUAUGAAGGUCGCCAGCAGUGGUGCGGCAAAAAAUGGUGCUCGUGUGAAGGCAGGCAUCAGCGACACAGGAAAAAAUAGCAGCGACACAGUAAGAACUAGCAGAGACGCGGUAACAACUAGGGGAGACGCGGCAAAAACUAGCGGUGAUACACCAACCGCCAUCAGUGAUACGGCAUCCCCCACUAGUGAUGCGACCACCUCAAGUAAUGACGCAACAGAGUCCAGCAGCGAUGCGACAACAAUCAAUGGAGAGGCGACAGGAAUCAGCAGCGCUGCAACAACCAGUGUAGACUCUACAGCAGGCAACGGCGAUUUUGCUAUGUCCAGUGGCGAAGCGACUACAUCCGGUGGUAAAGCGGAAGUAAUGCACAGCUGCCUCAAAACGGGGACAACUACAAAAAGAGAAAAGCGAAAAGUAUGGUUUGCUGAUCCUAUAUCAUGUGAAAAACUAUUUUAUGAAGAUCAAUGUAUAGGGUACACUGGGGAAAAUGAGAAGAAAGAAAAAGUAGAAGAAGAGGAAGAAGAAGAAGAAGAGAAGAAGAAGAAGAAGAAGAGAUCAGAAACGAGGAAAGCGACAUUAUAA